AACGUGUACAGGUCUACAGGAUCAAUCAACAUUGAACGAUCAAGUUCAAGUUGAGGGCUUGUCACUGAGUCCUUUCAUAAUUUAGGUUUAUUAACUGGUGAUAUAUAUUUAAUCUUUAUCAGUUUGAAGCCUGAAAUCAAAAUGCCUCUCUACAACUUCAAGAAAAUAGCUGUUGUUCCUACAUCAAAGGACUUCAUCAAUAUCACACUCUCAAAAACGCAGAGAAAAACACCAACAGUCAUCCACAAGAACUACAAGAUUUCACGGAUUCGUUCAUUUUAUAUGCGAAAAAUCAAAUUUACUCAGCAAAACUUCCACGACCGGCUAUCACUAAUCAUCCAAGAUUUUCCAAAGCUAGACAAUAUACAUCCAUUCUAUGCGGAUUUGAUGAACGUUCUCUAUGACAAGGACCACUACAAGUUAGCUCUUGGACAGUUGAAUCAAGCCCGCCAUCUCAUUGACAAUGUCGCAAAGGAGUACCUUCGACUUCUGAAGUUUGGAGAUUCUCUCUAUCGGUGUAAGCAGUUGAAAAGAGCUGCACUUGGAAGGAUGGCAACAAUAAUGAAGCGACAAGCAUCUAAUCUAGAGUAUCUGGAACAGGUGCGCCAACAUCUCGCUCGUCUUCCAUCCAUUGAUCCGUACACUAGGACCAUUAUUAUCUGCGGAUUUCCCAACGUCGGAAAAUCCAGCUUCAUCAACAAGAUCACUCGUGCGGACGUGGAAGUGCAACCGUACGCUUUCACAACCAAAUCACUCUACGUAGGACACACAGACUACAAGUAUCUGCGGUGGCAAGUCAUCGACACUCCAGGUAUACUGGACCACCCGCUGGAGGAGCGUAAUGUGAUAGAGAUGCAGGCAGUGACUGCUCUGGCUCACUUGCGAGCAGCUGUGUUGUACUUUGUAGACGUGUCUGAGCAGUGUGGCCACACUCUAGCCGAGCAGGUCUCUCUGUUCAACAGCAUCAAACCACUGUUCACAAAUAAGCCUCUCAUAGUGGUGUGCAACAAAACAGACAUUGUGAAAGUGGAAGAACUGCCAGAAGAAAAGAAAGAGCUGAUGAAAGUGUUUGAGGAGAGCAGUGUUCCUGUGAUGCAGAUGAGCACGCUCACAGAGGUUGGAGUGGCUGAAGUCAAGGAGCAGGCAUGCGAAACAUUGCUGGCUUUUAGAGUGGAGAGUAAAGCCGCUGGCAAGAAGUUAGACCCUGUGUUGAACAGAUUACGAGUGGCUUUCCCCAAACAACGCGACGACAAGGACAGGCCUCCAUGUAUUCCAGAAAAUGUGAUCAUCAAAAAGCAACAGCAGGCGGAAAAGAGUAGAAAACGCAAGCUGGAGCGAGAUAUAGAGGUGGAACUGGGUGAUGAUUAUGUGUUGGAUCUAAAAAAGAACUACGACAUCCCUGAAGAUUACAAAUAUGAUAUCAUCCCUGAGAUAUGGGAGGGACAUAACAUCGCUGAUUAUAUUGAUCCAGACAUUUUUAAGAAACUUGCUGAGUUAGAACAAGAAGAAGCUUUGCGAGAAGAGGCGGGAAUGUAUGCUGUGCCCAAGAUAGAGCUUGAUGAAACUAUGAAAGAAAUCCGAGAACUCGCACAAAAGAUCAGAGACAAGAAGGUGAUCAUGAAGCAAGAAGCGAGGUUGGUGAAGAACUCAACCAAGCCGGUGACUCCAAGGACAUCAACAGCUAAAGUCCGAGAAAGGAGUGUGGGAAGAUUGAGAGAGCAGAUGUCACAACUGGGCGUUGAUGUUGAAGACAACGAAGAGGCUCACUUCAAGAGGACAAGAGGCAGAUCUAAGUCUCUGUCUCGACCUCCUGUCAAGAGGAUGAGGAUGGAGUCCGAGCCGAGGGCCAGGAGCAUGUCUCGGCCGCCAAGGGACCAAUCAGGAGUCAAGGAUCCUGCGGUAAGGAGCAAGUUGAAGAAAGUUGCUCAUAAAGCCAUCUCCAAGAAAGUGGGAAAGAAAGGACUCAAAGGAGAAGCUGAUAGAUUUAUUGGAAAUAAAAUGCCCAAGCAUCUUUACUCUGGUAAACGCAAGCUUGGGAAAACCGACAGAAGAUAAACAGCCCACUGUAUUUUAUUUUACAGUUUGCAUUAAAUUGUAUAUAUUGUUA